AUGGUAAAUGUUCUGAAGCGCAUGCGCGGUCUUCAACCAUUAUUCAAGAUCCGCCAUGGCGAAGGCGCAGCUAUUCUGCCUCCCCAGCCUUCCCCCCAAUUAACGCGAUUGAGCCUACAAUACGACCGAAAACAAUGGAACAAAAGCACGAGACCUGCGAGAAUAUUUCAGAAAGAUCACCUUCCACGCCUGAAAUACCACAAUCCAGGCCUGCCAAUCAGGGUAGAACAAGGGCCCAGCCGGUUGCAUUUGACUUUUGAGAGUGCCAACCAGCAAGCAUUAAGAGAGUUGGAAAUUACAUCCCUAGAAAGCAGCAGCGACGGUGAAUAUAGAGAGAUGUGGACCGAAAUAGAAGCGAAAUCCCAAUCCUCCAAUGAUACACCUGCAGCCGCAUCUCUAUCCUCGUCACCAACCACUGAUGCGACAUCGAUUUUCACCCGGAGCGUGGAACUGCGUUUAGGGCCACACCAACCCGGGAACAUAUGGAAAUGGUUCCAGAACACCACCAAAUGCGAAGAUUUCCCAGAAAAUCCCGAAGAAAAUGAGCAGAUGGAAAGACUAAAGGAAUUCUUUGCGAAGGCAGAAGAAGACAGGCAGCGCGUUAAAGCUGGCAUGGAUGCAAUCAGGAAACAAAAAGAGGAUCUGAAAAGAGCAAGGGAAGCCGCCGAGAGAAUGGCCAACGAGGCAUGA